CCAGGGCCUGACGUUCACAGCAGCCACUCACGUGGUGUUUGCUGAGCUGUACUGGAACCCUGGCCAUGUGAAGCAGGCUGAGGACCGGGCGCACCGCAUCGGACAGACCGCCUCCGUCCACGUGCACUACCUCAUCGCCAAGGGAACCUUUGACACCGUUAUGUGGGGCAUGCUCAACAGGAAGGAAACGGUAACGGGCAGUACUCUGAACGGUAAGAAGGAGUACUUAAAGGCAGAGUUGGGGGAUAAGGACAAAUGGGACUUCCUGAAUUUCGCCGAGGCGUGGACACCAAGCGAGACGACCCUGGCAGCAGGAGGAGUGGUUGACAAUGACAAAGAUCCUGUGUUCUUUAACCAUUUUGAGAAGGACAAACAGCACGACAUCCGUUCGUUCUUCUCUCCGGACGCGGGUAAAGAGAAGAAGAGGAAAAGAACAGAGGGUGAGGUUUGCCUAUCCCCCGUUACCCCCUCAGAGAAGGAGGGUUCUAUAGAUGUGGAGAACUCAGAGGGUGACAAGGAGAAAAACUACAACUCCCAAGAUCCCCCUGACCUCCAGGACCUAGACUUCUCUCCCCAGGUGAAGAGGCUGCGGCUGCCCACCUCCACCCUCACCCGCAGCGCUACCCACAGCCCCAGGUCUCGUCUUGGGGGGAAACGGAGGUCCCUCCAUGGGGGGAGAGGCACCAGCAGCAGCCCCCUGGCCUCUCUGUUUACCCCCCGUCGGCUCUCUGAGAAAGGGACCCCGAAAUCAAGGUUGAGCCCCAGACCAGGACCACCAGAUCAGGGGAAGGGAGAUCAGUGGAGCUGUGGGGCCUGUACUUACUCCAACAGCAUCCUGCUCCUUUACUGUGAGGUGUGUGAGUCCCCACUCCACAGGCCCAGCACUGCUCCAGACACACAAUCUACAGGUUCCCCUGCUGUGUCCCCAGGCUCCAGGACUGAUCAGUCCACCCCUAGAGAACACACCUGGAUCGUCCUCUCUGGGUCGGACAGCAAGCAGGAGGACCCACCCUGUCCUGGUCCUGCCUCUCCCGGGACAACUGAACCACAGACGGACGGUCAAGAGAGAGGGCUGGAGGAGGAGAGACAGACAGAUGGUCAACAGAGAGAGCAGGAGGAGAGACAGACAGACGGGAAACAGAGAGGGCAGGAGGAGAGACAGACAGACGGGAAACAGAGAGGGCUGGAGGAGAGACAGACAGACGGGAAACAGAGAGAGCAGGAGGAGAGACAGACAGACGGGAAACAGAGAGCAGGAGGAGAGACAGACAGACGGGAAACAGAGAGGGCAGGAGGAGGAGAGACAGACAGACGGUCAACAGAGAGAGCAGGAGGAGAGACAGACAGACGGGAAACAGAGAGGGCUGCAGAGGAGAGACAGACAGACGGGAAACAGAGAGGGCUGGAGGAGAGACAGACAGACGGUCAACAGAGAGAGCAGGAGGAGAGACAGACAGACGGUCAACAGAGAGAGCAGAAGGAGAGACAGACAGACGGUCAACAGAGAGAGCAGGAGGAGAGACAGACAGACGGUCAACAGAGAGAGCUGGAGGAGAGACAGACAGACGGUCAACAGAGAGAGCAGGAGGAGAGACAGACAGACGGUCAACAGAGAGAGCUGGAGGAGAGACAGACAGACGGGAAACAGAGAGAGCAGAAGGAGAGACAGACAGACGGUCAACAGAGAGAGCAGGAGGAGAGACAGACAGACGGUCAACAGAGAGAGCAGGAGGAGAGACAGACAGACGGUCAACAGAGAGAGCAGGAGGAGAGACAGACAGACGGUCAACAGAGAGAGCAGGAGGAGAGACAGACAGACGGUCAACAGAGAGAGCAGGAGGAGAGACAGACAGACGGUCAACAGAGAGAGCAGGAGGAGAGACAGACAGACGGGAAACAGAGAGAGCAGGAGGAGAGACAGACAGACGGGAAACAGAGAGAGCAGGAGGAGAGACAGACAGACGGGAAACAGAGAGAGCAGGAGGAGAGACAGACAGACGGUCAACAGAGAGAGCAGGAGGAGGAGAAGCUCAAAGGCAAACAAUCACCAGGAGAGGACCAGUCAGGCCCUCAUGAGCACACUGAUGCCCAGACAGACAGUGUAUUUAGUCCUGCUGAUGGUGAUGCUACGGCCAGUCUCCCCCUGUACCCCAACAUGAAGUUCUGCGCCAGCAAGAACACUGAGCGUAUCUACCUUUACUCCCAGGAGGACAGUCCACUGCACUGGAAUUUCAUUCCUCUGGACAUUAAACUGGACAGCUGGGAGGACCUGCCUGAAGCCUUCAGACGCAGAGAGAACAGGACACAGAUAUUGAGGUUUGUCCAGCAGUGGAGCACUCUGACAGCCAUGAAGCAGAGACUGAUCCGCCGCAGUGGUCUCCUGUUCUGCAGCCCAGUCCUGGUCCUGGACCAACUGACCAGCACCCAGCGCAAACACAGCAGCACCAAGAGGUAUCUAACUAAAGAAGAUGUGUCCCAGGCCUCUCUCAGUAAGGCCCAGUGUGAUGGAGGAACUGUCCGCAUGGUCAACAAGGAGAUCUUCUUCACCAAGAGGAGAACUGCCUCUAUGUCACGGCCCAACACCUCUGCCUCCGUCCCAGAGAAACUGUACAAGACCAACCAUCCGAGGUGCACCCAGAGCCUCCGUGUUGGUGCUCCUGAGGGCCCGUCAGAGGCUGAAGCUGGGUACCUGCAGGUGCUGGACAGUGAGGGUCGACCCUUGUGUCUGUCCUGCCACAAGGUCUGUGGGUCCACAGGAGGAGCCUGGGACACCUGCUUCUGUAGCCAGACGUGUCAGGAGGAGUUCCAGCUGCGCUCCAGCCAGGCCUACAUGCGUGCCCGGGUACUGCAGACGGAGCAGGGGGUGUGUCAGAGCUGCGGCCUGCAAGCCCACCAGCUGUACCUGAAGGGGGACGCCCCGCCCACACACAGGAAGGAGAUGCUAGAGAACACCUGGCUGGCCCAGCUGUCACUCAAACAGCUGAAUGAGAUGAUCCGUGCCCCCGCGGAGGGUCAGUUCUGGCAGGUGGACCACAUCCGACCCGUCUACAGUGGGGGAGGACAGUGUUCCCUGGACAACCUACAGACACUCUGCACCGUCUGCCACAGAACCAGGACAGCUCAGCAAGCCAAGGACAGAAGCCAGAUGAAGAAAGGACUGGCAGCCUCCAAGGUGGCUUCAGACAUCACUCGCUUCUUCAUAAAGAAAUGAACAUUGAAACUAAAUGUUUUCCUCAACCAAGGAAGGAGGGAAAGUUGGAGGAGUACUGAGUGACAUAGGAAGGAUGUUUCUUCAGUGUGUUGUCAUCUCUGUGAAGAAGGCUACAUGUCACGGUUGGUUCUCAAUGCUGCCACUGAUGUCCGGGUUAUGGAUUCACCAGCAAUCCAAUGUAGAGGAACAUCGCCUCCUUCCUUUCAUGACAUCAUGUUCAAGUUGGAUCCUUGAGAGUGUUGAUGUGAACACUGUUCUUUCAGGGUUGAUUUUGUUGAGUUACCUGAAUAGAUUUUACUAAACAAUGCUGCCUGUAUCAAAUGCAAAUGUUCCAAAUGAGCAGCUCCGCUCCUUCCCAUGUUGUCCCCAAACCGUCAGCAGUGAGCCUGGGUUGAUUUAUAACGGGCUUAUCUAGCUCAGAUACAGGCUGAACUGAACCAAGCUGGGCAGGCUGCUGC